AUGGCAGUCAAUGAAGAAUUCUGGUGUGAAAUUGAGAAGUUACGCAUGAUUAUUCUUCGGGAGGGCGAGGAAUAUAACCAAACUGCAAUGGCAAUGAUGAACUGGGAGGAUAUUAGCAGAGAGAUGCUGGGCGGAUGUGAGCGUAUCGUGGAAGACGUGGUGGCUAGCAUCAGCGUCGGAGAACCUCCUGUCCUCAGGGUGCCCCGUCCUCCUCGCAGUGAUAAGAGCGGGAGUGGCGGGGAGUCCUUGGUGAGCUUGGGAGCCCCUCGCAGCACCCGACGCUUCACCCACCUACUGCACACCCUCGCCCAGGCCUACCGCCUUGUCACCUCCGGCACCUACGCCACCAGAAGGGACGUGUAUUACGAGUCGGUGGGGCUUUAUCAAACGCAGGCAUCGAUGGACCGAUCAGCCGAAGACUUGACACGGCUGCUGGGUGUGCCCCGAGAGAGCCUCCACCUCACCAUUACCGGGAAGGGCCUCGUCGCCGGUGCACUCACCUACACCACAUACAGCGGUACUAUCGUCAACGUCUGCCAGUCUCAGAAGGGUUUACUAGUGCCAGACAGUGUGGAGGGGCUGACUGGGGUGGUGUCAGAUGCGCGCUACAUCCUGGUGGUAGAGAAGGACGCCACCUUCCAGAAGCUGGUGGAGGCACAGGUUCAUCGUACCUACGGACCUGCCAUACUCAUUACGGGGAAAGGAUACCCAGACAUAUCCACCCGCCAGCUGGUGCACCGCCUGUGGAGGGAACUGAAGGUACCUGUGCUCGCCCUCACUGACGCCGACCCCUACGGCCUCCACAUAGCUGCCAUCUACAAGUUUGGUGCCUUACCUUCUGACUUACGAGCGCUCCAGCUCCCCGCCCACGCCCUCCUACCCCUGAGCCCCAAAGACCACGGCAAACUGGCUUCCCUUGCCGCCCACCCCUCACUCUCCACGAAUCCAUCUUGGCUCCGACAGAUCGAAGAGCAGCGUGAGUGUGGCUACAAGGCAGAGAUCCAGAGCCUCACUCACAUCAGCCCGGACUACCUCACCUCAAUUUACUUACCAAGCAAGCUUCGCCAGGGAGGCUGGAUCCUUUGA